AAUCCCAGAGAGAAAGAGAGAGUGUUAAAGACUGGAGAGGGAGAAUAUGGGUCACUUGCACUGUACGUGGACAUGCUUAAAUCCACUGACAAUAGCCGGCUGGGUUCACUGAAGACGGCAAUGCUGCUAGUAUUUAGCGUUCUCUUGUGUAGCGAUCGAUUGCUACUGCCUGAGUCGUCUGACGUAAAGAUGGAUGCCUUCCGAUAUAGCCCUGUCUUGGCCAAUGCUUGCUGCUUUACAGCAUGAGCAAAGAAGUGUCGGCUCAUCUUCUAGUUCUGGCAAAUGAAAAUGGAUGAGAUUUCGAUGUCCAGCCUGGACAACAGCAAGCUGGAGGGCGUAGCUCAGGACAUCCUGUCUGAUCUGGUGGAGGAUGCUUGUCUGGGCCUGUGCUUUGAGGUCCACCGGGCCGUCAAGCAGGGCUACUUUUUCCUGGAAGACACGGACCAAGAAAGCAUGAGGGACUUUGAAAUUGUGGACCAGCCAGGAGUGGAUGUGUUCGGGCAGGUGUACAACCAGUGGAAGAACAAGGAGUGUGUCUGUCCCAACUGCAGCCGGAGCAUCGCCGCGUCACGCUUUGCCCCGCACUUGGAGAAGUGCCUGGGCAUGGGGCGCAACAGCAGCCGCAUAGCCAACCGCAGAAUAGUCACCGGCAACAACACUAACAAUAAAUCAGAGAGCGACCAGGAGGAUAACGAUGACGUCAAUGAUAACGACUGGUCUUACGGGGCGGAAAAGAAAGCGAAGAAGAGAAAAUCAGAUAAGAAUCCAAACUCACCCAGGAGAUCCAAAUCAUUUAAACAUAAGAGUGGUAUGAUCGGCCCCAGACGGCGUAUGGACAACCAGGAGAGCCCACGCAUGCUGAUGAAAGACGAGGCCUUCCCUCAGUGACAGACAGACAGGAAGACCAUUCAGAGUCCACCCUGGCUCCUUUUGUUUUUCAAUGGACCGUGACAGACGUGUAGUAGACUAUUGCUAAAUGGGUCAUGUUCAUUAGGCACCAAACUGAACAAAACUGACUGAAACAGGGAGGUAGUGACUGAACUUCUCCAAUAAGAAAUGCUUGUUUGUUUUCCAUUGUGAAGCGUUUUAAAAUGUUUUGUUACAGUGUGCCCUAAUGAACACAACACUGCUGAAGCAGUCCAGAGACCCCCUGCACAGUUUGUGACUUCCGUUUUCCCCCCUCACCAAAUCGUUGCACCAAUAAUCAUUAUUUUAUAUCAUACAUGAUUUUAUCGAUAGGUAGCUCUUGGCUGGCCUCUACGAAAUAUCACGUUAGAAUCUGUCAAUGCACAGACAAGGAGGUGAGGUCAUACAGUACAGUGGCUAGGUAGAGGCAGUCGAGGUCAGAGCAAUGGAUACUAAGGUCCUUUUGAUUAUGCGCAGACUUUUUGAUGAUAUUAUCAGUCAAGAAGUCUUUUCAACAAUCAUUUUUUGACAAGAACAUAAUUAUGGACAAAUGGACAGUUAAAAUCAGAAGUCACACAACUUACAAUCAUGAUUAAUGGUUUGUCGUUUUAUUUUCUUACUCCACAUUCACCCUGUCAACAUCAUGAUUCUCCUACUGAUGAGAGUAUGCUUAAAGGACUCCCGUCACUUGUCAUUUACCUGUGGAAAUAGGUUUUGAAAUAGACUGCAAACUCCUUGCUGUAGAACAUGGGUUAAUCUGUUUCAUUGUAGAUGGGUAGUUAGUUAGGCUUGUUUUCUAGCAUUCAAUACAUGUUUUAUUAUUUGUUUACAUUGUAAAGGGUUACAUGUAUCCUCUGUGUUGUGAUAGUGUAAAUAUUUGAAUAGUUGAAAUGCUGCUAUCAUGGCUUUGUUUUUGUUAAUCUGUCAAGUAAUAAACAAUUACCUGUC